AUGAGGACCAGGAAAUCGAAGACGUCGGCGUGGAGGUCGCUCCUGGGCAGCUGCCUCGGCGGCGGAGGAGGGGGAAGGGCGGCGGGGGACAGACAGCGGAAGGUGCGGCCGGGCGGCGGCGGAGGCGGGCGGCUGUCGUUCACGGACCUGAGCGGCGCGGCGGACCAGGACCUGUCGGUGUCGCUGGUGGGGUCGAACCUGCACGUGUUCAGCGUGGCGGAGCUGCGCGAGGCCACGCGCGGCUUCGUCUCCGGCAACUUCCUCGGCGAGGGCGGCUUCGGCCCCGUCUACAAGGGCUUCGUCGACGACGGCGUCAAGAAGGGGCUCAAGCCGCAGGCCAUCGCCGUCAAGCUCUGGGACCCCGAGGGCGCCCAGGGCCACAAGGAGUGGCUGGCGGAGGUGAUCUUCCUGGGGCAGCUGCGGCACCCCAACCUGGUGAAGCUGGUGGGCUACUGCUGCGAGGACGAGCACCGGCUGCUCGUCUACGAGUACAUGGAGCACGGCAGCCUGGAGAACCCCCUCUUCAAACAGAUUCCUGCCGUGCUGCCCUGGUCGACCAGACUAAACAUUGCAGUAGGCGCCGCGAAGGGUUUGGCGUUCCUCCACGACGCUGAGAAGCCGGUCAUCUACCGUGACUUCAAGGCCUCCAACAUCUUGCUCGACUCGGACUACAAGGCCAAGCUGUCAGACUUCGGUCUCGCCAAGGACGGACCGGAGGGCGACGACACCCACGUGUCGACGCGCGUGAUGGGAACGCACGGCUACGCAGCGCCGGAGUACAUCAUGACGGGCCACCUGACGGCGAAGAGCGACGUGUACAGCUUCGGCGUGGUGCUGCUGGAGAUCCUGACGGGGCGGCGGUCCGUGGACAAGACCCGGCCCAGCCGGGAGCAGAACCUGGUGUACUACGCGCGGCCGUGCCUCAAGGACCCGCUCAGGCUGGUCAGGAUCAUGGACCCGGCCAUGGAGGGCCAGUACUCGGCGCGGGCGGCCCAGAGCGCGGCACUGGUCGCGUACCGGUGCCUCAGCAGCAGCCCCAAGAACCGGCCGGACAUGUCCGCCGUCGUGCAGGCACUGGAGCCGCUGCUCGACCUCAACGACGACGUGCCCGUGGGACCAGUGGGCCCCGUUGGCCCCGUGGUGCUGUUCGUGGCGGCGGCGGAGGCCCCGGCGGCAGAGGAGAAGAAGGAGCGGGCCCCGAGGAAGGACGUCCGCCGGCGGAGGCCCAUGUCGCCCAAGGCGAGCCCCAGGAAGCGCCCCGGCGCCGGCCCGAAGGAGGAGUUCUGGGUGUGGCAUCUGCCGGCCGAGCAGAAGGCGUGA